UCGUCUGCGAAUGACGCAGAUCCGUGCGUGCCGUCGUACAACAUAUGCGAGUAUAGACCCAUGUAUAGCCCUACCUGUUAUCACAACAGCCGACAGGACGCGAUAAAGAUUCGACAUCCUUGAAGCUGUGCAUAAUUUACUUAGAACGGCACCACCGCUUGCAGGAAAUCUGAGCGUGAGGAGCCCGUCGAAUCGUGCAGCUGAUCGCCUGAUUCCCUUGCGGGAGUGGUGUGAGUCAUCGCCAUUGCCUCAUGUCGGUCUCGUGUGGAGUAGCAACAAUGCACACCAGGGGGAGCUAUAGCAGGGAGGUGUGGAGAGAGAGAUGCCAGAGCCCAUGAGCAAACUACGCGUAGUUGCCAACUUGCCGUCUAGUCAGUAUCGUCAGUCCUACCUGCCCACCAGGUCCUCAAUCCCUUCGUGUGGAGAACGCCUUGCCUGCAGAGGACCCAACCCCAGCGCCCAGCUGUACUGCUCCGAGUGUGGCACUAACCAGUGUGAAGCGUGUGAGUUGCUAAUCCACGCCGAGGCACGUUUCAAAGAGCACCCACCCAGGGAGCCCGUUGCAUCACCCGACCCCAGGUCCCUGUGCGAGGGCCCCUGCCCCGAGCAGAACCUUGCGGACAUCCGCUGUCACACUUGCAAGAAGAAUCUUUGCUACACCUGCGAUCGCAACGCCCAUCUUCUUCGACGGCGCUUUGCCCACAUCAAGGUGCGCUUCCAGCAUUACCUCGACCACCUCAAACCAGAAGCUGAAGAAGAAGACGAGGAAGGAGAUCAGUACUUUUCCGUUGAGCCUGAACAGAGCGUCUACGUAAGUGGAGACGACAUGAUGGAACCAAUCUCGAUACCUCCGGAUGUCGUCAGCAGCACCCGCAGUGGAGACAGUUUGGAUGCAAAGAAAGAAGUCUCGGGCAGUUUCCUCUUGGUCGACGACAAGGAGGCUCUGCAGGUAUCGUCCGUCGAAGAUUUCUUAACUAAGCUGGGAUGCGAGUCUACCAUACCAGUCAAGGUGGUCUCCAUAUUUGGAAAUACGGGAGAGGGCAAAUCUCACACGCUUAACCACACUUUCUUCGGUGGACGCGAGGUCUUCAAGACCUCCUCUCGCCAGUCCUCCUGCACGGUCGGAGUGUGGGCCGCGUACUGCUCGGAGCUGCGGAUCAUUGUCGUCGACACGGAGGGCUUGCUCGGUUUGGCAGAUAACCAGAACCAAAGGGCACGUCUGCUACUCAAGGUCCUGGCAGUGUCAGACAUCGUGAUCUACCGGACGAGGGCAGAGAGGCUUCACAACGACCUGUUCUCGUUCUUGGGUGAUGCGUCGCGGGCUUACAUCCUCCAUUUUUCUAAGGAGCUCAAAGCCUUGAAGGAGCGGUGCAACUUCGCUGGCCCCAUAUCGACCCUCGGACCUGCCGUCAUAAUAUUUCACGAGACAAUACAUACGCAACCUCUAGUUGAUGAAAAAGACCACAGCCGGCUGGACCAGCUCAAACUCCGAUUCCAGAAGCUGAAUCAAGACAUCGAUGCCUUCAGUGCACUGGUGUACGUGGGCAUACGGACUGUCAGCCUACCUACACGUUUCACGGACUUACUGGAUGCGGUCACCCAGAACCUAGAGAAUUCUACCGUGCGCUCCGUGAGGCCUGUGGAGGUCAUUUACCAGGCUCUCAAGCUUCUCAGCGAGAAAUUCAGUGGCGACUUGGACCGGACCGUUCCAAACACGUUUCCCGACCAGUACUUCACGUGCCGAGCCACGUGCUUGUCGUGCGGUGCAGGAUGUACGAAGAGCAUGAACCACAGUGACAGUCAUCAGUGCUCAACCAGGUGUCAGUACAAUCAUGAGUUUGAGAACAAGGUCUUUCAGUGCAAGGCCUGUUACGAGAAAAUGGGGAAAGAGGUGGAACUAGAGCCUCAGAUAGCAGCUAAAGGGGAUUCCCCCUGGAUGGGAGCCGCAUAUUACGCCUGGUCUGGUUAUGUCUUGGAGUGUCCUGGGUGUGGCGUCAUCUAUCGAAGCCGCCAGUAUUGGUACGGAAAUAAGGACCCCACAGAGACCGUAGCGCGUAAAGAGAUUGUUCACGUUUGGCCAGAACAACAGCCGCCAUUGGCAGAAGUGACCAACACUGCGAGGAAGGUGAUAGACAACUUUCACAUCAUCACGGACACGGUCACGAGCUACAGCGCGCUUCCCGCAAAGACGAUCAGCAGCUGGAUGGCCGACCAGAUUGCUCCACCGUAUUGGGUGCCCAAUUACAAAGUUCUGAGGUGUCAUAAGUGUGAGAAGGAGUUCCACCAACAGGACACGAAACAUCACUGCCGAGCCUGCGGAGAGGGCUUCUGCGACGACUGUUCAUCGCGCAAGAGACCCGUCCCCGAACGCGGUUGGGGCAAUGAGGACGUUCGAGUUUGUGACGACUGCUUUUCCAAAGUAGAAGACGGCACAACAACUGUCGAGGAAGCGGGUAGCGCCGAAGAGCGUGAUCUGACAGCGCGCAAAGUGGGGGAAGUGCUGCGAAGUACAUUAGGUGUUGUGGCGUCAGCCAUUGAAUAUCCAAUAGGUUUCAUCAAAGACUCUGCACGUCCGGCGUACUGGGUACCAGACAUCGAAAUUAAAGAGUGUGCCGUUUGCACGACGCCCUUCGGACCCCGCCUAUCCCUCCACCACUGCCGCGGCUGCGGGAUGGGCGUCUGCGACGACUGCUCAAAGUCAAAGCGGCCCGUGCCCUCCCGUGGAUGGGAGGGUGAAGUGAGGGUGUGCGACAAGUGCAACAAGAGAGCGGAUCUUUAGAGACACAGCAGUGAUAGGCUCAACAUAUUGUGCAUGUGCGUGUUGGACUCAUUAUAGACAUUUGAUAUACGAAUUAUGUGUCUAGCCUUACUUGUCACGUAAUAUAUGUUGCGUUAAAUAUGGGGCUGUGCUGAUAUCCAUAUUUUUUUAAUACCAAAGCGAAGAACUGUGCGUCACAAUGGCGAAUUGGAGGAAAGUCUCUUUCGAACGGCACAGAAAAGCCUGAAAAUACCAAAAGAGAGGGUACAACAAAGUCAGUGCUACAAAGUUCCCCAUAUGCUCUGUUCUGUUUGGUUUUAAAAUGACUGUUUUCGCAGCUCUAGUUAGAUACAUUCACAUGCAUGCAUGUUAUGUGGAAGGAGCAACGUGCUUCAAAAGCGUACCACAUUAAACUCCGCAUCAUCUUUCAUUGUGUGCUAGAAAUAAAAUCCAGCUGUACAUAAAAUCGUGAAACUGGUGACAUAACGUCAUUUUGAUUAAAACUGAGUUUCUGGUGGAACAAGAAGAGGAAUUGUACUUUUUUGUUUGAGAACAAUCUUAUUGCGAAUAAGACUAAUGCUGGCAACGCUGCUUAUUAGCUCAUUAACGGACGAGCACAAACUGCAUAGCGUAGCGGAAAACACAUUUCAAAUUAUUUGUUGCGCAAGAUUACCCGCGCAACAUUUAGUCUACAUUUGAUUAGGUUACACGUGAUUAUAUCUACUCGGGUUAAAUUGGGAAAAUGUAACGCGACUUAGUUUUUCGUUACUUCAACCAGAAUCUGACAUGUUCCGCGAUUCUCCACCAAGUUAGAUAACUAUAUACUGUUAUUUGGGCCCUUAUGGCAAAGGCUCACACUGAUAUGGAACAUAUCCCAUUUUCCGGUGACAUGGACAUUCCUUCCUUUCAGCACACCCAUUUUGUGGUUUUGAUAUGUAAAUGAGAGAGCAGGCACAUAUGUGCAUCAACUUUGUAGUGUGUACAUAGAAGAACGAAGCUGUACAAAUAAGAGAAUGCAUAGAUUGCUGUCACGUUGAGUGGUAUGUGAUCUGUCUAAAAAAAAAUGUGCAUGACUUUAUAUUAUACUUUAUUCGUAAGAACUGAAUCCAGUCCUUGCAACAUCAUUCCUAUUUCCGUGUACAUACAGAAUUUGUAUGUACGCAAUUGUAUGUGUAAUAAAGGGUUUUACUGCU